GGUUUCAUCAUUUAAUAUGAUAUUAAUUGCGUUUUGCUUUAAUUUCCUUCCGCUCAACUUCGCAUAGAUUUUUUGAAGGACAGUGAGAAUGGAAACUUCGGUAUGUAAUCCAUCCUGUUUUUGAUUGGCCGGGAGCAGUCGGGAACCAUCGGCACUUUCCGCUAACGGAAAGUUCCGAGAGGCCACAUAAUUUAUUGGAGUAGUCUCCUCUUCAUUUCCGGGUAAAAUGACCAAAACAUGGUGUGCUCGCUGCCAUCCCGUCGUCAAGUGUAAAAUACUUGUCAGUGUAUCCAUGACAAUUGCAAAACUCGCCUAUUCGGAGAAUAAGGGGGCUAAUGUAGACACCGCAGCGUCAGCAUCCCACUUCACUGAGGGGAAGCCAUUUUAGGGGCUAAAACUGGUUAAUUGGACUUGGUUAAAGUUUUUGGGAAUGAGGAUUUUGUUGAGGCCUGGAUGCCUUCGGAGGACUUCAUGGCGGCUAAACAUUGGAUGUAGACUGUCAGACUGGUGUCAACGGAUAUCCUAUUACUUGAGCAAACUGCUGGCAGCAGUGGUGUGGGUGUGCGAGCGGGACCUUUGGAAACUGUUGGUAGGGUUUGCCUUCCUGGUGUUCGUUUUUCUCCUCGGUGUGUGGUUUGUGCUGAAGGAUCCUUGUGAGACUGCUACUGCCACACAACAACUGUGUGAAGACUUUGAGCGUGGAUAUGUCUCUGGUAUGCUGUGCUAUGACUUGUGUGUAUCCAAAACAUUCAUUUUACCAAAAUGUAUUUCCAAGUCGGGUGAUAUUAUGACAUUCCAUUCAAAAAAAUCCAUUGCAAAGUUCAGGGUUCUUCCCCCAGAUGGCACUGCAGUGGAGAAUGAUAAUUUUGAUCUUCCAUUCCAUUUGCGCCCCUUGGAGGGCCAAUUAACUAAUGAUGAUUUCCAUCACCUACUGGAGCGCUUCAUUACUGCCAAAUUGGGCCCCAUUGAUGUGACUGGACUGAUUGAGCGCCUCUACAACUUUGCUGAUGCAAGUCAUGAUGGCAAGCUGAACUUGGGUGAGGCGAGCUCCAUCUGGGAACUGAUCCAUAUUCAUGAGUUUUUUAUCCUCUUCCUGUUCCAAGGCGAUGCAACAUUCCCAGUAAUAAAUGCCACAUGUGGCUCGCUUUAUACCUACGACAAAGCCUUCACUCCAGCACUCUAUGACAAAAUGAAUAAAGGCUUUCUUGAUAGGAUAUUUUCCAAUACCUACCGCUGGAGUCUUCCUAAGUGGGACAAGAGAGUCAACAUAGCUGUUGGGUUGUUGGAAAAUGUAGCGUCUUUAUCAGAGCGAGUAAAUGUUCAAUUCCAUAUGUGCAAUGUAGAGUCAACAAAUUUUGGCUACACUGAUCGAUUUGAGGCUAGGUUGACCUACUUUGAUGACAUAGUGUCACAGAACCAUUUUGACCUGGAGGUCAAGGGUCACCCAUGCUCUAGAGACGGGGAUUGUUUCCAUGGUGACUGUAUGACAGAGUGUGAUACAACAUCAGGGACGUGUACAGGUGUACUGAAACAGCCCACACUGGUACACAUGUGUAAGAUUGUAGAGGAGUACCUGGUAUUUGAUGCACCAAAGGAGGUGAAGACUGCUCUGAAGGUGCUGCUCUCCCAGUGUUUGGCCCUGACCAACUCCCAGGACAAGGACCCUGCACAUAUUGUACGCUAUAACCUUCUGCUGGACGAACUGUCAAAGUUUCUAUGGGACCAAAUCAAGAGCAAACCAGUCAACUGGCUGGAUCUACCCAAGAAAAAGAGUAGACCUAGCUAGCUGAUUAUAUACAGAAAUAGUGGUGGUCUGUGAUUUACAUAGAUAGUAAUGUCAAUAAUUUAUAUGAAUAGUAGCAACUGAUGAUUUAUAGUAAACAGUGACAGUCCAUGAUUUAUAUAAAAAGUGACGGUCUAUAAUUUAUAUAAAUAAUGAUGGUCUAUGAUUAUAUAAACAAUGAUGGUCUAUAAUUUAUAUAAAAAAUGAUGGUCUUUGAUUAUAUAAACAGUGAUGGUCUAUGAUUUAUAUAAAUAAUAAUGGUCUAUGAUUAUAUAAACAGUGACUGUCUAUGAUUUAUAUAAAUAGUGAUGGUCUAUGAUUUAUAUUAACAGUGAUGGUCUAUGAUUAUAUAAAUAGUGACAGUCCAUGAUUUAUAUAAGUAGUGACUGUUUAUGAUGUAUAUCAAUAGUGACCGUCUAUGAUUUAUAUAAAUGAUGAC